GUGGGAGUUACAGAUGAGCCUAAAUAGAUGUAAAUCCCGUAACACAUGAGACGUUGCGGUGCACUGUUGCUAUGUACGAACAAGGAAAAGGUCUCCGUGAUUCAACUUCCUCCCGUUGAUAUGGGCGUUGCUUUCUCAACUUCUCCGGAAGGUGUGGCGAUUUUGGCCCACUGUGAAAUUCCUCUUCUGUGCCGUCAAACCUGUGCUCUCGCUUAGUUUGAAACUUUAGGACUCUUGGACCACAACAAUGUCUGUCUGGGAUGAUUUGGACCUGCUCUUAGACUCCCCCUCCUCACUCACUGUGACUUCCAAUGCAAGAGGAACUGUGAAGGACACGGCAAAUUUCAAAGUGGAAGAGGAUGUGUCUGCACUAAGGAAGGCUAUAGAGGGCAUUGGUACAACAGAAAAGACUCUAAUUCAGGUGCUGACCCAAAGAAGUAACGCUCAGCGUCAGCUCAUCUCUAAGGCCUAUGAGAAAGCCACAGGAAGGACUUUAGUAGCUGAUCUCGAGGGCGACACUCAUGGAGACUUUGAGGACUUGUUAGUGGCCUUGGUGACGCCCCCUGCUGUCUACGACUGUCAGGAAAUCAUGAAAGCAAUCAAGGGGGCGGGGACCACAGAGAGUACGCUGACAGAAAUCUUUGCCUCGAGAUCCAACAGGCAGAUCAAGGCCAUCGCUGAAGCAUACCUUGCAGAAACUGGAAGAUCGAUGAUUCAUGAUCUGCAGGCGGAGGUGUCUGGGGAUUAUGGCAAAGCGCUGUUAACCUUGGCUGAGGGGAAGAGAGACGAGAGCACCACUGUGGAUGCUGCCAAAGCUAAAGCAGAUGCUAAGGCCCUGUAUGAAGCAGGAGAGAAGAAGUGGGGGACUGACGAGGCCAAGUUUAUUGAUAUCCUGUGCCACAGGAGUAUUCCCCAGCUCCGACAGACUCUGGUAGAGUACAAGGGCAUCAGUAAGAAGACUCUGCAGGAGAGCAUUGAGAGCGAAAUGUCUGGAAACCUGGAGAAGCUGCUUGUGGCUGUUGUUAAGUGUGUGAAGAAUGUUCCUGCAUUCUUUGCCGAGAGGCUUUUCAAGAGCAUGAAGGGUCUGGGAACCACAGAGUCCAUUCUGAUCAGGAUACUAGUCAGUCGCUCAGAGAUUGACUUACUGGACAUCAGAGCUGAGUACAAGAAGCUGUUUGGAUGUUCCCUCUACUCUCAGUUAGAGUCUGAAGUCUCAGGCAGUUUUGGGGACACCCUAAAGCAUCUGUGCGGCCAAGACGACUAACUAUCCCAAACAAGGUGAAGCUUUGCAGCAAAGCGGACGGGACGAAGCGCAUCUGAUGAUAAGGAUGACCAGUUGCUGAGCUUUCCGAUAAAUAUACCGAUAUGUUAGCUGGAAGUUAGCCUUAACCAUGGUAGGAACUAAUCUUCUUAAAGUGGAAUCAAGACACACACGUAGCAAACAGUAAAGAAAGUGUUAUUCAUGAAGAUGCUUUUGAAUGUCUUUUUGAAUAUUAUUCAAUUCUAUGUAUUCCAUGUGACUUAACAACCA